AUGUCGUCAAACGGCACCGUGAGUGCAGUUGACGGACAGCCAGUGCGGACGCUCGGUGGUGUGGAGUUACGAGAGGAUGUACCGCUUAAAAGCAGUGCUGGCGCCGCAGGCGUGGGCGGCGAGGUGCGAUGCUGCGCGGGCGGGCCGCGGCUCAUCCCGGGAGCGUUCGCCGCGCUCUCGGCGUGUAUCACGUUGGCGCUGCUGACGCAAAUCUACUGCGGGGACUACGAAGUGGUGCCGCACGGCUCAGUGUCUUCGUCGGCGGCGUCGUGCUCUCGCGCCGGUACGGACGCGCUCAAAGCCGGCGGACGUGCGUUUGACGCUGCCGCUGCCGCAGCGCUGUGCCUCGCCGUGCUGGCGCCGCACCGGACCUCACUCGACGCGAGUGGCUCGUUGCUGUACUGGGAGUACCGAGAUCUACGCACGCAACAGCCUGUGCUGUAUGAGUGGGGCAAUAUCGAGGCUAAGGAAGGCGAAGCUGGUGGUGGUGUGGAGUUGGAACGCCCCCCACGGCUUGUGGCUGCGCUGGCAUAUCUGCAUUCGAGUCUCGGUGCGUUGCCUUGGGCGCGCGUGCUCGCACCCGCUAUACAACUCGCCAGGGAUGGAUUCCCGGUGUCGGAGGGUCUGUCAGUGGUGGAAGAGGCGCGAGGAGAAAUACUACUUACGGGUUCCAACACCACAUCACCCGAGCUCGAGGACUACCUUCUCUCGCUGCAGGUCAAUACCAGCGCUGAAUUGUCGCAGUCGUGGAACAGUUCGUAUCUGGUGCGUCGCUCUGCGCCGACGCAGGUAAUGGCAGGGUCGUGGCGCGUGCUUGCAGGCGGCCGAGGUGCGAACGCUGCUCUACGCGCAUUGCAGGUCUCUCUCGAGCCUCCGCCCACCUCACCUGAUGAAGCGCAGUACCGGGUUGUGGCGGCUUUGCAGCGCGAGUCUGGUGCAGGCGUAAGGGCGGGUGGGGUAGCCACGGGGCUCGCGGUCGUCGACAGCCGGGACACCUAUAUUGCGCUUGUUACUGGAAUUUCAGAACCGUUUGGUUCAGGUGAGGUGAGCGCUGGCGGGUGGCGCCGAGACGAACCGUUGGCGGCGCUCGACCUCGCGCCGGCGAUACUAUACGAACCGAACGUCUGCGGAUCGCGGUAUGUGGUAGGCGCAGAGGCGUCGGCGGCGAUGGCGCAGGCGGCGACGGCGCUGGCUUUGGAGGGGGCCAUGAGCGGCGUGGAGCGCGCGCGCGUUUCGCUGCUGGCGGACGGCGCACUGGCGCAAGAGGCGCUGCGAGCGCAGCUGUUCCCGCUGCAGCCCGCGCUAGCGCCACUGGUGCUGCGCAACGCGUCGUUCCCCUACACCGCCGUCAACCUCGUGCUGCAGCGCGGCGACGCUCUCACCUCGCACGCCGACAGCCGCGGCGGUGGACUCGCCUCCAGAUUCUGA